ACUACAAGUAUUGGCGGCUUUCAAAUGGUUUACUGUUGCUUUCCAUUUUUACACGCUACAUACUCGAUAAUGAUCUAUUGCUCUUGUUUUCUUCCCUGCAUUUUCAAUUUUAUGAGGUUUUUGCAUGAUGUUGUCCUUAGUUCAUACCAUUGUAUCUUCAUAAUUUGAGUUUGGUAAUCCAGUGCAGCUGGUCGUAUCAUGACUAGCUAUCAUUUCUAGAAUAACUUUGUCAUAUUCAACCUAUCAAAUGGUUAUUUCUUCACGAUUUUCAGAGUGAUUACUCAGAGCAUGAGUUGGUACUUGCUAGUUGGUUCAUGUCAAAGUUUUUGUAAAUUUAAAUUACAAUAUAGGUUUGGAUGCGUUUACUCAUACCUGGUAAAUCUCAAAACUUCUAAUGUCCAUUUAAUUGCUUUGUGCCAAUAAGUUAGUUGUUGCAGGUUAGGGAUUUUGUCCUGCUCAUCCAAUUUGGCUUGAGGUUAGUUGGCGACAUUUGGCUUUUGCAAAUAUUCUUGGAAAAUGCGCAAAAUCCAGGAGCCAAUCAUACUGUGUUUGUAUUUUCUUCCCUAGGUGUACUAACAGUUUGGUAAAUUCUUUCUCAGCAAUUGACAAAACAUGCUUUGUGAACUUUUAAGGAUGAGGCCGAAAAUGAAAUUAGAACAAGAUGAUUGUACGACAGCUGAUGUUUAGGCCAUUUGCCAUGAUAGACAUUAAUCUUAGAGGUAGCUUGGAAGCAAAACAAUUUUGUGUACUUCCUAUUAACCUUUCACUCAAAAGGGCUGUCACUACCAGUUUAAGUGUGUUCUUGUAACCAGUAACAGAAAAAGUAUGAGACUGACAUUGAUUUAUAGUUGUCCCACUUGUGAGCGCUGCUUCAAUGAAUUACUUGAAGUGCUGUGAAUGUAGAGAUACAAUCACACAUCUUGACAAGCCCUUAAAUGAGCCGAGAAAUCCGAACAGUCAUUUGUAAGCAUAACCAAUAUCAUUCCUGUCUCAUGACUACAAUGUUGAGGUUAAAUGUAUGAUGUUCCAGUGAUUAGUAUACUUGAGAAUUAGGGAUGAAGUUGUAUUUCAGAACUGUCAUCGUUUUAGAGUAGUCACCUAUUUAACUUGAUAUGUUAGCUUGCAUUUCCGCACCAGGUUUCAUUUCGAUGACGUUUAAUGCGGUCUUAAAUUGUGAGUCGGCUGAAUGUGUCUGUGAAAACGUGAUAAAUAUUUAUAGAAAAGGCCAUUAAUAAAGGUGGGUAAACCAACAAGCGUAACUAUCCAAAUAACCACUUUGGACUUAUAUUUAGGUUAAGACGUUUUGAAUUCUAGAAUAUUGUACCUAGUUCAUUUCUCGUCCAUCAAGUUGAUCAAAUAAAUAAGUUUCCGUUUUCACCGCCCAUCAAAAAUUAGAUUUUCUUCCUAAGAAAAAUAAGUAUAGCAUUUGUUUUCGAUUUAUGGCCAGGUUUGUUAUAAUUUUAAAUAAUCAAUUUAAGAUAUUUUCUUUGGGCGUGUAACCUGUGCCCUAAAAAUUCGAACGAUAUAUAUGAUUAGUAACCGAGUGCAUUGUUCGACAUCUAGUGAAAAUCCUUAUUAUCUGUUCAAGUAAAUAGAACGUACUUUACAACUGAUGCAAGUUUAUUACGUAUCGACACAUGCACCGGGCUUCAGGCGAUAACCAGUAAACAGAGCUGUGUUUCACUUAUCUGGUAAGUUAAUGGAGUACAUAGACUACUGAGAUGCCUCCAUUUAAGUUCUCAUAGUUAAAUACGGUAGUUGGUUCUGAUUUAUACUUAUUACAACGUUUCACUAGUCACUUGUACUCGGCUUAAUCAUUGUGAAUUGUUUUUGCUAUACAGAUAAUUUCAAGCCGUUAAUAAAAGGAUGAAUACUAGGAAGCGAUCUUGUUUUUCUCCACGAUAUGGCGAUAUUAAGUGUUCAGAAUUAGAACAAAGUCAUUCAAGCAAUAUAGAAUCUCUUUCUCCUGUUCCUGUCGUAUAUUCCUCCGAACCUGAAAAUGAACCUCUUCGGCGAAGUUAUGAUAAUGUAAAUACUUUAAUAAAAUCAAGUCCUACUGAAUAUACUGGUGUUUGUCAGAGUUCUGGGCAGAGAACUCUCAGGCAAAGGACUGCCUCAGGAACGCCCUCCGAAUCAUCUCACGGAGCUGAAGCUAAAUUAUCAUCUGUCUCCGUUAAACCUCGGGGACUUCUGAACAGAAGGCUACGCAGGCCAUCCAAGGUGAUUCCAAUAUGUGGUUUAUGUUUGGGUACGUCAGAACUAAACAACAAAACUAACUCUGCAGAAGAAAUGAUUGCCUGUUGGGAAUGUGGGCAGUCAGGUCAUCCAACUUGUCUCAAAAUGCCACCAGAUUUAGUUAAACGUAUUUCAUCAAUUCGUUGGCUUUGUGUUGACUGUAAGAGAUGUUGUUUGUGUCAGUCGAAUUCAGAAGAUCAAAAUGCAUCAACUGAUAAGGAGGAUCCUCAGUCUGAUUUAUUAUUGUGUGAUGUUUGUGACCGAGGAUUUCAUCUUAAAUGUGCUGAACCUAAUAUGCUAGAACCUCCGGAAGGUAUGUGGACUUGUCCUAUUUGUUCACAAUCAAGUACGGAAUGUUUGGACAUAGAUCCAAGACUACGAUCCAUUCAAGUUUGUGAUCAGCUAACUCAACAUGAAAUAGACUGGAUGAAAAAAGCAGCCAAUAUCAGUGGUGCUUAUCUAACGGCACCAUUGUCAUUUUCUUUCCAACAAUCACCAGAACCCAUCAUUGAACAUAAUGAAGCGUCACAAUCAUCUCGGCCGAGUUUUUCAAUGACGUCAAAAUCGGAAGUUAAACAAUCUGUCCCAUCUGAAAGCAGUCAAACUGGUAAUAUUCCAGCAACUGUAUGCAAAUCGUCAAAACGUUUAAUUCAGAAAUCACUGACUGAUUGGACUUUAAGCUCUAAAUCGAAUAGAAAGUCAACUAAUUCUAUGCAAGCUCCUCUUCAAAGGGAAAAUACUAUAAACCAGUUGCCUACUGAAAAUGAAAUGACAAAAGAUGAAAGUCCUCCUAAACGAGUUUCACGUCUUCGACGUUCCUCUCUAUGUGCAAGUUUAGCUUGGCAAGGUCUGCUGCGUUCUUGUGACAGAUCAAAACCACUGCAGAAUAGAUCUAUUGAACCACAUAGUGUAAAACCUAUUGGCGGUGAAGAUGAUGACGAUGAUAAAACAGAUAUUUUAAUUUAUCAAAGCACCACCUCAUCAUGUAAAGUGUUUAACAAAUUGUCUAAAAAUGAAACAAAAGUUAAGAAAUACUUCAAGCGUACUGUAUCAUCUCGAAGCACUGACAAUUUUGUUCGCAGUAAAGCUAAGCAAAACAAGAUCAGUCUACCUGGGGAAUUAAGGUCAAUUCAUGCUUCUAGGGGUGGAACUUCUACUGGUUUGUUUAAUCGUGAAAUUCUUCAUGUAGCCUCAGGAAAAUUAAAUGGAAAUCAAGUCAAACGUCAUGUGUCUGGUCGAUCUGAUCAGUUGUCAAAUUCAUGUAAAAUGAAUUCCACAAGUAAAACAACGCAGCACUCGCUGAAACAUCGUCUGUCGAAAUUGACUAAUAAUAAUAGUAAUUGUUUGAAACUAAGUAAUUCAUAUAAUCACAUAUCUCAACCUCAUCAACUGCGUCGACAAACUAUGCCUACUUCCAUUAAUAAUAAAUUUAACGUUAGUCACUCCAGUAGACGACGACAUUUAAACAAAUAUAAAAGAUCUUAUUAUUAUAGAAAUAAACGAAAAUCGUUUAAGCGUGAAAUCGUUUCAGAUGAAGAGGAUUAUGACGAUAGUGUUUAUGAAGCAGACGCUGAUGAUGAUGGUGACGACGAUGAUGAUAACGAUUCAAAUGAAAAUAUUACAGAAGGUAAAAAGACAAAUGAUCUUCUAACUGGCAAAAAGCCUACGACAAAAAUAAAUUCAGUUGAAGAUGGUAACACAGAUCUUUUAUCUACUUCAAACAACAACGCUGCCUAUUUUGAUUCAGAAAAUGAUGAAGCACCAGAGAUGAGCACAAUAUCGGAUGAAAAUCGUGCGUUAUUUCAUUCAAUUCAAGCUGAUGUACAAGCUUGUCUUCCACAACCUCUUGAAUCCAGCUUAUCUCUUCCACCUGCAAAUAAUCCUAAAGUUUUAGCUGCUAUGGAUAACUCAUCCUUGAAUCUAUCGUCGAAUCAGUUGGUGAUGACGCCCAGCGAUUCUAACGAGAAUGAUGCUCAUCAUCAACGACUACAACUUGAAAAACUAGAAGAUACUCGUUACCCGCCUCAAAUACAACUUGGUCGUUAUGUUAUAACUACUUGGUAUUCAGCUCCUUAUCCUUCGGAAUAUGCUAGGCUUACGUUGUUGUAUAUAUGUGAAUUUUGUUUGAAGUAUAUCAAGACUCGCAAUGUCUACUUAAGGCAUAUUGAAAAAUGUCCAUAUAGUUUUCCACCUGGUAAUGAAAUAUAUCGUUGUAAAAAUAUUUCAGUAUUUGAAGUUGAUGGUUAUACUUCACGUUUAUAUUGUCAACAAUUAUGUCUUUUAGCUAAAUUAUUUUUAGAUCAUAAAACAUUAUAUUAUGAUGUUGAACCAUUUCUAUUCUAUGUUGUUACAAUACAUAAUAAUGCUACAGAUGAACAAGAACAUAAUGAAAAAUCUAAUCACCAUAAUAAUAAUAAUGAUAAUGAACGAUGCUUUCAUUUAGUUGGUUAUUUCUCUAAAGAGAAACGUUCUGUACAAAAGUACAAUUUAAGUUGUAUUCUAGUCUUACCUCCAUAUCAGAAACAAGCAUAUGGAAGAUUUUUAAUUGAUUUCAGUUUCCUAUUGUCCCGUAUUGAAGGCCAACCGGGUUCACCUGAAAAACCACUAUCUCAACUUGGCAAUCUUUCAUAUCAGUCGUAUUGGCGAUCAAAAGUUCUACCAUUUCUUUUAUGUUCUAUGAAAAAUUGUAAAUUAUUAAAUUCAACGCUGUCUAAUCAUGAAACAGACUCGGAUUGUUUGGCAAAUCCUGUUGGAUCUAUUGGGUUUCGUGAUUUUGUCAUUACCAUUCAUGAAAUUAGCUCUACUACUGGAAUAGAUCCACAUGAUGUAGCCAGUACUAUUCAACAGUUGGCUACAACAAUUACAUUAAGUGCAGAUGGAAGACCUGUAAUCUGUUUUGAUUUGAAAUAUUUAUUACAACUACAAGAGAAAUAUGAAGAACGAUCAGUUAAUUGGAUUCCUAUUGAUGAAGAAUGUCUUCGUUGGUCCCCGUUAAUCCAUCCUCAAGAAUUGGACAUUUCAGCAGACAGUUCUGGUGGUGGUUGUGACAAUUCUAAUUCACAAAUAGUUCAUCAGAAUUCAUCUAUCAUUCCAUCUGAAAAUGUAGUUUCUUCAACUGUACCAAAAAUGAAUAGAUUCUCUCCUCAAAAACACAGAACUCAGUCACAAUCGGAUAAGGCUCCUAUCAACCGAGAAAAUAAUAUUGUCAAGUCACUGGAAACAGCUCCUCGCAAACGUAGUUUACGAAGUACCUGUAACAAUAGCAUUCCUUCAACUGUUAACACUGAUGAUAAUUCUUCUAAUCAAUCUUUGUCCAACAGAAUGUCCAACAAUGUUUCAGAUAAUGUAACUGAUAUACAUUUUAGACGUCUUCGUUCCCCACCUAGUUCCACUCAUUCUCUUGAUAAAAACAGUGAACAAAUAUCUCCACUUACUACUCUAUCUGAAUCUAUUUUCACUUAUCAAUCAUCAAGCAGACAAAAGCACGAUUCUUUAGUUGCUACGGCAAGACAUGAUUCUACGAAUGUCAAAUCAAUUUCUUGUAAUCCUAUUAACCCCACUGACAAGCCGUUGCAUAAUCCACGUAAAAAAGUUUCUAAAACUAAACCGUAUCCUUCGCCUUGUCGUAAGCGAAGUUUUUGUUCAGAUGGUCCACGUCCUCCAGAUCCACCGUCUCCCCCUCCACCUGGAAGUGGUAGUGGAUGCACAUCCGCUGACAAUUGUUCCAUUGCUACUAGAACUCGUCGUCUCUCUUAUAAUGCACCACAGAAAUCUUCGACAAGAAAUUGCAAUAAUACAAAUAAUGCUAAAGAGACAAGUUUAUUUUCAACAUUUAUGAAUUGUUUCAAUUUCUCUUAUGGUAUGCCUACAUCUACUACUUCUGAAAGUUAUGUCACUAGUAUUAGUAGCAGUAGUAGUAGCAAUACUGUGACGACUCUUAAUAAUAAUCAUAGUAAUUUUUCUUCAUUAUAUAAUCUGAAAGAUAAAUUAUUCACCGCAUCAGCAGGUAAAACAAUACAUACAAAAGGUGACAAUAUUUGCCCACCAUCAUCAUCUGAUUGCAUAGAUAUGUCACCACUUCGUCCAUCUUUUUCCAGUUCACCAACAACUGUGUUAGUUAGAGAUGACAGUGAUAGUGAUUGUGUGGGAAUUUUUGAUGAAGAAUGUCAAGGGACUAGUGAACAACGGUGUCAAUUGAAUGUAAAUCAUCAGGAAGAACAAUUCAUUAAAAAUAAUGUUGUUGAUAGAUUAUCAUCACUUAGUCCUACUUCAAUCCAUACACCUUCUCCACCGAUGUUAUCACUUGCUGAUGGUUUAUCAACUAAUGACAUUGAUUUGCCAACAUCAUUGAAUGAUAUAAUCAGUAGUAAUCACAAUAAUCAUAAUAAUCAUAGUGGUAAUAAUGAUAAUACGGUUUCGUUUAUAUCAAAAUCACAUCAUUCUUUUGGUAAUGAAUUGAAUAAUAGACCACCACCGUGUUUAUCACUUUAUGAUAGUGGACUACUUGUUGUCCACUCAAAAUCGAAUGAUUCAUCUAUUGAUUCUCUUUCGUCGUCAUCAUCACCGUCAUCGUCUUCUUCAGAUUCGACAGCUAAAGCUGUAGAUUAUUCCUUGGCGAAUAGCCUUCACUGUGUUCAUCGUCACUAUGAAUUAGGUGGUACUUCAAAUCGUCGUUUAACAGAUCUUUCAAGAACUUCACAUAAAUUCAAUCCCAGUUUUAGUUUUCCUUUGUAUGUUGAAACUAAUCUGGAUGAUGAGGAUGUUGUAAAUACUGAUAUCACUACUACUGCUACUACUUCUGUUACCACUGCGAGUAAUGAUCGAGAUUGUAUGCUGUCAUCGUUGUCGGAAACGAAAAUCCUUCGACAUCAACAACAUCAACGUAAUAACCGUCUAAUACAACAGGAUGAUAAUCUUAUAACAACAACUUUAUGCUCUGAAAUCUCUGUACAUUCUUUAUCCGAUGCUGUUAUUAGCACAAACAGAUCUCUUCUAUUUAAAGGGUUGCGUAAAUCUCUUCAUAAUCGAACACAUCAUUCUUGGCCUACAUCUCCUAUACAUUCAAGUUCAUUGUGUAAAUCUGCUCCAUCUAAUUAUAAAUUUCAAAAUAAUGACUAUAAAAUCCGUGGUUCUGAAUCCUCAUCAUCGUCAUCGUCCUCUUCACCCCCAAUACUUUGUCGCGCUGUAAAUAAUUGUACACCAUUAACAGCUCCUUCAUUAAUACCAUUCAAUACAACCGAUAAUCAUAAAUCUCCAUUGAUUGGCAGUUGUCAUUCAGUAAGAAAUCAUCAAUUGAAUCAUUCGCCCUUACCUCCUGUUUUAAUAACCAAUGAUGUUAAGCCAGAAACAAUAUUAUCACCUAUUUUCAGUACUUCACUGUCAGCUCACUGGAUUAAUCAACAUUGUGAUGAUAUUCAACCACCGAUUUUAUUACCAUCAAAUUCUUGUGAAACAGAAUGUUCAAUUAAUGCCACUGAAAACCUAACUCAUCCACCUGUAUCGCCUUACUCAUCCUCUACCAUUUCAUCUACUCAUAUUGAUUUAUCGGACAAUUAUGCAAGUGAUCAUUCAACUGUAUUAACUCUUCCAAUGACCGGUGAACAACAAUUGCAUAAUAAUAGUAAUAUAAAAAUGAAAAGUAUCGAUUGUGUAGAAGAUAGCUAUGUUAACGGUCAAUUAAUGAAUUAUACAACAGAUACCGAUGGAUUGACAUUAAUUGCAUCCUAUAAUGGUGAUGAUCUUGUAAAUAAUCCAUCCAAAUCAUUAUCAUCAUUUGAUAAUAAUUCACUAUCUUCUAUGAUUUCUCAAGAUAGUAGUAGUGAACAAACUGUUGCAAUGUGUUUAUCCGAUAGUUUAAGUCCACCAUUUCUUGAAGAUUCACAAGAUUUAUUCAACGGUAACAAUUUUACAGAGAAAAAACGAAAUAAUUUAUUAAAUGAUAGAACCUUAACAUAUAAUUUCAAACGUAAUCAUCAAAUGGAUAUUUAUUCUCAUCAUAAUAGUGAUAAUAGUGCUUUACGUAGUCGUCAUACUUCAGAACCGAGCAAGAUAAUAAUGAUGAUGGACAUGGUGUGUUAUUAUCCCAUGGGAAAUUGUCGUCGAUGUCAUAGUCAUCCGAAUUUGAAAUUUUGUACAAACUCAUUACUGUCUGAAGUAAGAAUAGCACUUGAAGAUGAUAAUGAUACUACAACUAUUAUUACUCAGCCAGCGUUAGGUUCACCAGUCAGUCAUCGAUCAUUAUUGGAAGAACAAUCUGAUGAUUAUUUAGUGAAAGUAUCCGCUGAUUUGUUGAAUUUACCGUUAUUUUCUGAAAAUAUCAAUAUAUCUAAUCAACCAAUGAUAGCAGUUUCCAGUCAACAUUACGAAAGUCUUUCAUGUGUUACUCAGUCACCUACUCUUUCUUUGUGUAGUCAUUCACCAGUUGUAGAUGAAAUAUCGUCUUAUGUUGUUGAUAAACAAGAUACUAAACUUGUUGAUUCAAAUCAUCCCUCUAAGUUGUUAUCGCCUUCAUCUUCUUCUUGUAGUCCGACUAAUGAAAGUAACGUAUUCCAGUCUUCAAUCAUUUCAUCAAAUAAUCCUAUCAACUUGUGUAAUUGUGCACCGAAUCCUUUAGACAUUUGCAGUACUAUGUCAACAACAGUAACGGUUACUUCAUGUAACACUGAUACUGAUACACUAUCCUACUUAAACUCUACUCAGACAUCAUGUAAACCGUUAAAUAUACAAAAUAUUUCGUUUCCAGAAGAAGAAAUUGAUUUUGUUACUGAUUCGAAUGUUAAUUUGUCAGUUGUAUCUCCGACAUGUGUAACAUAUUCAAACAAUAACCCAUCAACAGUUAAUUCCUUGUCAUUGACAUCAACAAUUCCACUAUCUACAAUGAGUUUAUCACUGAUAUCUGAUAGUAUUGUUUCUUCUGUCAUUCCAGAUAUUCCCAAUCCUAUUAUUACUCCCACUGUACAUAUAGAUGUAACUCGAAAUAAUCCCACCAUUGGUCAACAUUUUUCUCCUUCAAAAAAUCAAUAUUUGUCAGAGUAUACAAGUCCUGAAAGAGAACACAUUCCUGUUGUAGUAUCUGAUCAUGAACCAGAUUUCGAUUCUACUGAAUUAACACAUAUCCACCAUCAUCUACAAUUCGAAAACAAUAAUCGACAUGAUUAUAUCGAUAAUAAAAAUACGAUAAUUACCAAGGAAUUCUUUCAUACACCUUUGUCGAACCACGACGAUAAAACGUUAUUAUGCGAUACAGAUGACAUUUUGUCAGAAUCAUCAAAUUUUGUUUCGCCUGAUACAGAUCAAUUGGUUUGUGGAUCAACACAUUCUUAUUCUAGUUCUGUUUUAUCGAAUAUUUUAGACCAAUCAGAUUCUGUUAUUGUCACUUCUUCUACUACUAUUACUACCACUACUACUAUUAAUGAUAUUAAUUUUACUAAUAAUCUCAGUAAAUCAUGUGAUAUGAAUUUAUUAAGUACCAAUUAUUCUGGACAACUUUCUAGUUUACCAUUAAUUAAUAUGGAAGUGUUUCCAGUGACAACUUGUACAACAGUAGGUGUACCAUCUCAGUCAGAUAACUGUUGUGUCAAUAAUAUUAGUCGAGGCAUUGGUAGUGUACUGUCAUCAUCGUCAUCUCAUUUUCCUGUCAUUCACCAGUCAACAGGUUUAGGAAGUUUCCCCUAUGAAUCUGAUUUCUCUUAUCAACAACAAUCAAAUAUUUAUGAUUCGAUACCAAUGAGAACAUGUCCACAACUUAAUAGUAGUAGUAUCCCAACACCAUCAUCAAGAAUAACAACAAGUCGUUCUAAAACAAAACGAGAUGGUAAUACUAAAAAGAGCUUGAAAACUACUUGUAGACAGUCAAGGUCAUGCUCUUCCAUCUCUCCAGUUUCUUUAUCUAUUCCAUGGCCAGAGGGUAAUCCACUAAAAUCGUCAUAUGCAAGACGUGCAUCAUAUCAAGUUGUACCAAUUAAUCAAUCUACGUAUAACAUAACGUGCGAUCAGUAUAAUCCAUCGGAUUUGUUUGGUUCAACAGGUUUCCCAUCAAUAACAUGUCACUCUUUAACUCCUGGACAGAUAGUACACACAUCACAAAAUAAUAAUUUAUCAGAUUCUUAUCUAUGUAGAGCAUCUAAUGCGAUGGGAACCUGUGAAUCACUCCGUCUUCCAACAACAUCAUACUGUUACUUAACACCGAUGUCUUCGUAUGGUGUAAAUAUGAGUACACAGCAACCUUUCGACACCUGUUCCAAUUUUCAAAAUCCCAGUCAGUUGUGUGGAAUGGAUCCUGUACCCUGUUCCAUGUCCAAUCUACCGAAUUCAUGUAAUCUAGAGCCUCAACUUCCACAUUUGUCGGUUGCACAGAAUUACCAAUGCAUUCCAUCUUCGUUUCCUUUUUCGCAUCAUUCAAAUUCUCAGUCACUUUUACCUUCCGGAGUCAAUCAGUUCAUACCGGAGAUGGGUAAUAAUAGUUCCUGUCAAUCACUAUCAACUACAAUUAAGACAGACAGAACCCUUCAUAUAAAUCGACUGUCAUCCACUCCAGUUUAUCCUGUCUAUUCAGGGAAUUUUCCAUUUCCUCUUGUUGUAACAAGUACAAGAGAUGUUCUUUCAUCAAAUCUUCAACUAUCAACAUCAACCGGUUGCACAGCUUCUCAAAUUAAUAAUUCACUUCUAGUAAAGCCAGAUUAUUUUAAUUAUUCAGGUAAUUGUAAUUUAAAUCAACCGUCCAUUCUUCCAUGUACCGAAAGAAAUGUACAAUCAUGUAAUAUUGUUGACAAUACUUCAUCUCUUACACAAUUAUCAGGUUCCUACUGUUCUGGAAUUGAACAACAACCAACGUUUCAAAAUACCUCCUCUAAUUUCCUGUCGAAUAUUUCGUCAAAUAUAAGUUCAAAUCAGUUUAUCAUGGUUAAUACUACUACUACUACUGCAAUUAAUAGUAUUGUUGAUGAUAUCACUGUUACCUCUACUCAUAUUCCCUAUCCUGGUAUACUUAGUAGUAAUUGUAGAAAUAAUCGAAAUAGUGAUAUUAAUAGUAGUAUAGGUAGACUGUCACAACAUGACAUUCUACCACCAGAUAUAACUUUACCUUUCUCAACAAUAGUCGAUACAUAUCAUCCGAAAGAUGCAUUGUAUAAUGCUAACAAUAAUAAUAAUUAUUAUUAUCAUUGUUCUGAUAGCCAAAAUAAUUUAUCUCUACUAGAUUCACCUGUUGUUAUGCAAUCACCAUCAUUAGUUGGUUGGACUCCAACUGAUUUAGUUAAUAGAACAGGACAUUUCACUCAAAUUCCUUAUCAUCCAAUGCCUACUUGAUAAUUAUUGAGUAGAUAAUAGUAAUUUUCUGUUUUCUUACAUGUAUCUUUUUUGUUCCGAUUCUCUCUCUCUCUCUCUGUACCCCACCCCACCCCCCUCAACACUUUAUUCGAGAUUGUUAAACAAAAAUAUGCUUUUUCAUUUUAUUUGCAUUUUCUUCCCUUUCCCUCUUUCUCAUCAUGUGUUUAUUGUCUCAAACAUUACAUACAUUGAGUAGCUUAUUCUGUAAAAAAAGAUGGAAAAACAGAGAAAUUUUUGCACAUAUAUUUUGUAUGUGUGUGUGUGUGUACAAGAAUUAUUGUCUCUUUUUUCUGUAGUAAGAAAAAGAAACCAAAUUUUGUUUUUGUUUUUCCAAGAUUAUAAUAAUUUAUUAUUAUUUAUUUAUUUAAUUUUUCUUAAAUACUGAAGUGUAUCUUCUUUUUUUUUAAUGUACAAAGCCAAUAUCAAUUAUUCAUUGUAUAUGAGAUAACCAUAAUGAUAAAAAAGGGGAUAAUGUGAAAUGAUGAAAUCAUCUUUAAUUAUUUCAGGGAAUUUUGUUGUUUGUUUGUUUUCUACAUGUAAAUAAACGAAAAUAAAUAAACAAAAAAAUAGAGAAAAAUAUAGUCAUUACAAUUUAUCCUUGUGUUUUACCUACUUCUUUUCUUUCUUUUGUUUAAGUGGAUUGAUUUAUUAUUCAAUAGAUAAAUUUAUUGUUGUUAAGUUAUUUGAUGCUAAUAUGAUUGAAUGAAUUCAUUGCACA